UACCGCCGCGAGGUCAUGCUCUCAAAGAAUCCCAACCCCGCCCACCUGGCCAUCAGCGAGUGUGAGGAGCGCCUCACACAGCAGGGGAGAGAAGUUACUGUCAUCACUCAGAACAUCGACGAGCUCCAUCGCCGCGCUGGAUCCAAAAACAUCCUGGAGCUCCACGGUAAUCUGUUCCGAACCCGCUGUAUGAGCUGUGGUCACGAAGCAGCUAAUUACAAGAGCCCCAUCUGCCCUGGGAGGAGGGGUCAGGGAGCUCCUGACCCGGAAACCCACGACGCCCAGAUCCCAGUUCUACAGCUGCCCAGGUGUGAGCAGACAGGUUGUCACGGUCUCUUGAGACCAGCUGUGGUUUGGUUUGGAGAAACGCUCGACUCUGACGUCCUCACCCGGGCAGAGAAAGUGCUGGACAGCUGUGACCUGUGUCUCGUGGUUGGUACCUCGUCCAUCGUGUAUCCAGCGGCCAUGUUUGCUCCUCAGGUGGCGGCCCGCGGCGUCCCCGUGGCCGAAUUCAACAUGGAGGACACGCCGGCCACCAUGCGCUUCAAGUUCCACUUCCACGGCCCCUGUGGGAGCACGUUACCCGCCGCACUCGCACGCCACGAGAUGGAGACACAUUGAAAGUGGAGGUUUGGUCCAACAUGUGGAGAUGGACACGUGAAAAUAAGAAGAGGUCAAGAAAUCUGUAGAAGAUAAAUAUGAGUUACACCUUCAGAAUUCAGUUCAUGAAGAUCUCACAUGCUAUUAUGAUUUGUCAGGAAAUGACAAGAAAAACUACUGUAACAUUAAAUUAUCAUCAAUUAUUGCACUUUUAAUAGUUAAACUUUAUUUGCUAAAGUCAAAGACAUUGAAGCAAAUUGUUUCCCUUUUUCAGGUUAUUGAAUGUCAGCCAGCAGGGGGCAGUGUUUAGCUGCUGCUGUUCACUGGGUCUGUGGGAGUUUCAGUUGAUUCAAGUUCUGGAACUUUACUCAGCUUCAGUUAAACCAGUGGAACCAGUGACUGAGCUUCUGUCCCAGUCACAAGGAAAAGGGUUUGAAUUUGAAGGUUUUGUUUCACGUAUGUAACGUGAUUGGAGCAGUUUUGCUGAUGGGACUUGAAAUAAAUGAAAACUCAUAAACUGAAGGAUUUCUUAUGAAUGUGUGUGUUUAAAAUAGUGUGUUGUUCAAAUGAU